AUGAGCCAUUGUAGGUUACAGAGAAUAGGAAACAUUCCCCUAAAUUCUUGUGUUUCCUUCCCUCUACUUGCAAGGUUUGAACUUUGGGAAGUUCUUGGUUGUGACUCGUUCAUGAACUCCGAAACUAAGGACUCGUCGAUGACACUAGCCACUCAUUCCUUCUUUGCCAAACUCCUCCAAUACACCCACCAGAAAAAACUCCCAAAUGGCAAGUCACUCCACGCCCAAAUCAUCAAGAUCGGCACUUCUUCUUGCAUAUACAUCUCCAAUAGCCUCGUCAACUUCUACGCCAAGUCCCACCACUUAACCGAAGCCCACCUUGUAUUUGAAGAAAUCGAAGUUAAAGACAUAGUCUCAUGGAACGACCUCAUCAAUGGCUACUCUCAGCUGGGGACUCCCAAAUCUUCAUCCUUAGUCAUGAAACUGUUCAAGCUUAUGCGGAAAGAGAAUACUUUUCCCGAUGCCCAUACUUUCCCCAGAUUUUUUUCUGCGGCAUCGAUUUUUAUGGACCCGUUUUGUGGCCAGCAAGCUCAUCCACUUGCCAUCAAAACAACUUGUUGUUCCGAUGUAUUUGUGAAUAGUUCUUUGUUAAACACGUACUGCAAAUGUGGCCUUAUUUGUGAUGUGUGUAAAUUGUUUGAUAGAAUGCCCGAGAGAAAUUCGAUUUCGUGGGCUACGAUGAUUUCUGGGUAUGCUAUGCAUCGGUUUGCUGGUUAUGCUUUGGAGGUUUUUAGGAUGAUGACGUCGUUGGAAAAGGAAGAUGUGAAUGAGUUUAUGGUAACUAGUGUUCUUAGUGCUGUUACCUUGCCAGAAUUUAUUGAUAUUGGCAAACAAAUUCAUUGUCUUGCUGUGAAAAAUGGGUUGUUAUCAGUUGGAAAUGCAGUCGUUACCUUGUAUGCAAAGUGUGGAAGCUUAGCUUACGCGCUGCAAAUGUUUGAGCUUUUGAGUGAGAAGAACUCUAUUACGUGGUCUGUGAUGAUCACUGGCGAUGGUGAGAAGGCAUUGAAAAUGUUCUCGGAUAUGCAUUUUUCUGGGAUGAGGCCUAGUGAAUUCACUCUUGUUGGGCUGUUCAAUGCUUGUAGUGAUGUUGGUGCUACUGUAGAGGGAAAGUAG